AUUAGUUAUUUAGUAUAUUCCUAGGCCUCUGCUUGUUCGGUUCAGUUAACAGUUUAUUUAUUAUUUUUUUUACGGGUAACAAAAAUUUCUUCAUUCCAAAUGACUUUCACUUACAAGGAGCUUAUUGACGUGGCCAUUGGUUCGCCAGAAUCAGGACAUGUGAACUUUUAUGCUUUGCAUGUCUUGCUCACCUGCUUUGGCCAGAGAUUGGAUGUCCUGGAUGAGGUUGUAGAGCAGGAGGACUAUAUGACCAGCAAUGUGCGCCUGCAGAGCAGUAUGUUGACCCUGGCCAAAUCAUCAAAGUUUCGUAUGUUUGCUGGUGCCGAUGCCGAGGAAGCCCCUGCAGCCGAGCCUGUGGCAGAGGCGUCAGUCGAGCAGGCACCAGAAGUGGCUCCAGAGGAAGCUCCGGAGGAGGCACCAGAGCCUCCGGCAGAGGAUUCUGCAGCGCCAGAAGUUGCCGAAGCUUCGCCAGAGCCAGAGCCCGAGGCCGAAGCCCCGGCAGAGCCUGUUCCUGCACAAGAAGAACCGCCAGCAGCAGAACCAGAAGCAGAAAUGCAACCAGAACCAGAACCAGAGCCAGCGGCUCAGCCAGAACCAGAAGCACAGCCAGAAGCACAACCAGAACCAGCAGCAGUAUCUCCUGCAGCAAAAUCUCCAGCAGCAGUAUCUCCAGCACGAUCUUUACAGGCGCAGCGUUCCGAGCAUGCAACUCGAACUAUUUCGGCGGAGAACCUCGAUACAAAAUCCGAAAAAAAAUCCAACGAAACCUUGACGCACAUAUCCCACGUUUCGUCCACUCGAGGCGAUAGUAGUCUGGUCAGCAACGUAAUGCGUUUGGAGAAACGUGUCUCCAAAAUGGAACUGCAAAAGGAGCUAGCUACCAACGAACUGCAAUCGUUUGUGAACAGCAUCACGGGGCAGCUGAAGAUCACCAUGGAUCAGGUGAACAAUGUGACCCACUUGUUGAUCGAUCGCAAACCGAAUCCACAGAGGAUCAAGAACCUUCGCAACAUUGCCAAGCAAUUGCGAGUGCUAAUGGCAACCACAGCCGAUGAGGUGUCCGUCAGUUGGACGAGUGAAGAGAUCGCCGGCGAGGACGAAGGUGAUGUCCUGGCCGAAGAGGAGGUUAAGGAAACUUCCACGGAAAUAUCCUCGGAGAAACCCGAGGAGGAUAAGGACAUGGGCUUGGAGCCACCCGUCUGCUAUGCCUCCGAUCGCUUGCUCACCGAGUUGCUGGAACUCAAGUCGCAAUUCUGUGAAAUGUCUAACAAGAUGAAUGACUUUGCGGCUGCCCUGUUGAAGCAGGACUCUCAGAAAGUGAUGGACAUGAUCAAGGAGCUGCAGGACUCUGUGCGGGAUAUCAGACUCUCCAUAGCCUCCGGUCGGGAGACCACAAAUAGUGUGGCGUCUCGCGUGACCGACGCAUUAUCUCAGAUAGCCACUUUGAGAGUGUUCGUGGACCAUAUGAACGUUGUGAAGAGCGACAAGGCGGAGCGGGAGCUGCUGCUGGCCGGAAAGGUGAACUUCGCGCAGCUGGCCACUAAGGUGUCCCUGGAGCAGAUGGAAGAGUACAAGGCAAGGAUAGAGAAAUUAUUCUGCGAGGUGCGCCACAUCAUCAAUUUGAACGAGAAGAAUGUCCUUCAGAUCAUCGACAAUCUGCGCAAUACCAUGGGCAUUGAUUCUUUGGAGCUCAGUCUCAAGGAUUUCCGAGAAAUUCUUGAGAAGAGAGUGCACACGAUUGCCGAGGCCCUGCAGAAGUAUAUGGAGAUGACCAAUGAUGACUGUGCCGCUGCAGCUGGCAGAGUAAAGGUCCUGCCGGAUCUGUCCUGUCUCUCCUGCGAUACCACCUGUGUGAUGCGCAGUGUGGAGCGCUCCAAGGUGCCAUCUCUGCCGAAUGCCAAGGGCUCCUCCAGUCUGGCUCCCAUUGUCACCUACGAACUGGGCCAGAUCCGCAAGUCGGGCAUCAUGGGCUACUAUCGCAAGGACGAGUUCCCCACCUCGACGAGUGCCUGGACUAAGGGCACUGGUGUGCCCAUGGUUAAGUGUACGGUAAGGCAUGCGGGCGGUAGCCAUACCACACACACGGCCAACGAGCAUAUGCAGAAGGUUGUGCUCUCCAAGAAGAACACGGGUUGGAAGUAGGAGUAUUUAUACAGAAAUUUAAGUGGCUUUUACAUGUAUAAUCAGACUGUCAUUCUAGGUAGCUUGUCAAAAUUAUAGAGAUUGUAAGGAAUA